AUGGAGUUGAUUAAUAAGUUAAGAGCGAUCAGCGCCGGAUUAAAAUGUUUUUUACCAUCUACAUUCGAUCUAAGACAAUUAGAAGAGCAGAUUAAAAGAAAAAUUCAAGUGCUUGGUGAAGAACUUCUUAAAUCAGCAUCAAAAGGAGAACUAACUUCGGUUGAAUGUGAUAAAUUUCGUGUAAAUUACAACCAUCUUUCAUCGUUUGUAGCUUAUGUAGAUCUAAGAGAAAUCGAUGUUAAAACAUCAUUUUUAGACAAAUCAGAGGAAAAGGUUCUCGAAAACGUAACAUUCCUGGGUAAACAAAUAGAAGGUUCACUUUCGAAUGUUGAAGAAGUCGCGAAAUUGCUAUGUCAAAUGAAAUUUUUAGCUGAAAAUCUAUCGAUGUUCGAUACUGAAAUCAAUGCACAAAUAGAUAAAGAGUUGAAAUUUUUUAAGACGAAACAGGGUAUACAGGGUAUCGAUCGAUUAACCAUGCUUUUAGAGAAAACAGAUAUAGGUUCUCAAUUGAUUCAUGAACAUACCUGCUUCAUUGGAGAAAAUUGGCGAAAAAGACGUGAAAAAAUGCAAAAACAAGAUGAUUUGAACUAUGUUAUAGAAAAUUUGAGAGGAGAUGAUGUUGAAGAAGAGGAUGUAAAAACUAUUUUGAAAGAAAAGUAUCAAACUUUCCGGUCAAAGUAUGAAGAACUAGUAUCUAGAUUUUUAACAUCAUUUAAUUCGAAGAUUGAGACUGAGCCGAAUUUAGAACAAUUGGUUACAGAAACAAAGGCUCUCGUUGGUGAAGUAGCUCAAACUUCCAAGUCUAUUAACUGGGAUGAAUCUCUUCGACAUAAAAUUCCUGAAUUGUUAGCACAUAUUUUUUCUGUUUGGACUUUGAAAAAUACUCAGCAUUAUAAUGAGUUGCGUGGCAUCAACGCAUCACGAGCUUAUCUAUUGAUGCCACAUGUUGCACAAGUCAUUGCCAUCUUCCGUAUUCUCGGUAUAGUGUACAAGAAGAAUUUCGAACUCCUAGGAUUUAGUACACCUAAAAAACUACUCGCCGACGAUUUAAUUAAUAACUUGGUACAAAUAGGAACAGGUGAAGGUAAAUCAGUUGUUAUGGCAGUUACUGCUUGUGUGUUUGCCCUCAUUGGAAUGGAUGUUAGAUGUUCUUGCUAUAGUGAAUAUCUAAGUGUACGAGAUCAAAAUGAUUUUGCUCCAGUUUUUCGUGUACUCGGAAUAGAAAAACGAAUCGAAUAUGGAACUUUUAACAAACUAUGCGAAAAUCUGUUAAAUGAACAAUGUAAUGUACGAGAAAAAGUACGUGAUAUGAUCAUGAAAAAUCAAAAUGCUAUAGAUGUAGGUGUAGCAAUGGCUCGCGUUCGUCCAAAAGUGUUAUUGAUCGAUGAAGUAGAUGUUUUUCUAAGUGAAAAAUUCUAUGGUGGAAUCUAUACACCGUCACUAUAUUUAAAAGACCUCUCAAUAAAGAUGUUAUUAGACACAUUAUGGCAAAAUAGAGAUGUACGCACACCGAAUGCUGUCAGGGCUUUGCCAGCAUACAAAAAUUGUGCUGCACGAUUCAGCAAUUGGAUUUUUCUUUUCGAGGAAGCCAUUAAAGAUAUGUUAGUUGCUUUACGUUCGUUUCAGUCAUCAACAUAUAUUGUGAAAAAUGAUAAAAUCGUCUAUGUCGAAGGCGAAUCCACUGCAGAAAACGUAGUUCGUGGUUAUGAUACUAUUUGGGCAUAUUAUUAUGAGAAUCAAAUAGGUAAUAUUAGUCAAACCAGUCUAGCUGCGAAUGUAGGCAUCAUUAUUAACUGUGGAACAUUCUCUUACGCUGAAAUGCCGCAUGAAUUUAUGUUUAUAACCGGUGUUACAGGUACUUUAGAAACACUUGCUAAAUCAGAAAUAGAUAUAUUGAAAAAUGUGUAUCAUGUACACAAAAACACAAUUAUGCCAUCAGUAUUCGGAAAAAGCAAUAGAAAGUAUAAUUCCGCGAACGAUGUAUACGCAGUUGGGAUGUCAGAAUAUUUCAUGAGAAUUCGUGGAGAGAUUGACGUUAUGUGUAAUGCUGGACGUGCCAUUCUUGUAUUUUUCGAAUCGGAAGAAAAAUUAAUGGCAUUUUACAACUCUUCUAACAUGUCAUCUAUAAAAGAGUCUGUACAGAUUAUCACCGAAAAAGUUUCCUACAAAGAGAGAGAACUAUGUAUUAAACGAGCAGCAACUGAUGGUAAAGUUACAUUAUUGACUAGAAUAUUUGGAAGAGGAACUGAUUUCAUAUGUCGAAACCAACAAGUUUUAGCUAAUGGAGGUAUUCAUGUGCUUCAAACCUUCUUUUCAGAAGAACUAUCUGAAGAAUAUCAAAUAAUGGGAAGAGGAGCUCGACAAGGAGAUUUAGGUUCGUAUAGAAUGAUAUUGUUGGAUAGUGAUUUAGAAUGGGUACUUAGCGCUGAUUGGGACAAGGAGAUUCCCAAAAUAACAGGCUCUAUUCUGUAUGAGUUUUUGGAUAAGGCUCGCAACAAACGUUAUGAAAGCAAUUGUGCUGCAAGAGGAGUUGGUAUUAAACAAUGUAGGCAUGACCACCAAGAGUCUAUAAGAUUCAUGAAUGCUUUGUCUAAGGGAGAAACGAGCAUUGUUAAAAGCUUUUUGACUGAGCAGAAUCGCGGAGCUGACAUACCUUUAGGUGUCUCGCGCACAAUUCUCCUUAUGGAUGCAACAGGCUCCAUGUCAAAUCUGUUGUCUGCUGCCAAAGAUACUGUCUGUACGAUGUUUAAACGUGCCUCUGAUAUUCUAAACGACGAAAAACUUUCUAGUGAUGCAUUUCAAAUGCAAUUCGUCGUCUAUCGAGACUAUGACUGUAAAGCAGAUGGAGUUUUACAAAGUUCUUCUUGGGAAACGAAUCCAACUAAAUUGAGAUCUUUCAUGACAAAUAUUCGUGCUUAUGGCGGUGGAGAUUAUGAAGAAGCAAUUGAAAUAGGACUGUGGCACGCAGUUCAGCAAAGUGCAGAACCAGACGGAAUUGCACAGGUUAUUUUAAUUGGAGAUGCACCAGCUAAAAGUAGUGCGGCAAUAGACAGAGACAGAAAAGCUACCGGGGGUGAAUCAUAUUGGAAUAAAACAAAUUUUAGGAAUCCCACUCAUUAUACAAGCGAGUUGAGAAAAUUAAAAGACAAGAAUAUUCCUGUUCAUGCAUUUUAUCUCCAUGAUGGUGCAAAAGUGAAUUUUGAACAAAUUGCGCAUGAGACGGGAGGAAAUUGUAAAUUUUUAGAAAUUAAUUCUCCUGAAGGUGCAGAUUUACUGACUGAUUUUGUUACUCAAGAAAUACUAAGAAAAGCAGCUGGGAAUCACGGAGAUGCUGCAGUAGAAGUAUAUAAAGCGAAGUACGUAAAAACAACGUUUACAUCCUAA